AUGGCCAGUACACAUGGAGGUCAACCCGUCUCACCUACCAACUAUACCAUCGGACCAUAUGAUCAGAACAACGGUGAUCCGAAUGGCGGAGAGUCCCUCACGCAAGACCUGAACGUCUACCAGAGUGGAGAUAUAGCGUGGAUGCUCACUGCAACUGCGCUGGUGCUGCUUAUGAUACCUGGUGUAGGCUUCUUCUACUCGGGCCUCGCACGUCGAAAAUCCGCCCUUUCGCUGCUAUGGCUUUCGGUGAUGGCGGCGGGUGUCGUGUCCAUCCAAUGGUUCCUCUGGGGUUAUUCUCUGGUCUAUUCGCGUUCAGCCGGCAGAUUCCUGGGAGACCUUAGCCACAUUGGCUUCCGCAACACUCUUGCUGCGCCCUCUGUUGCAUCACACAGGCUGCCAGACCUCCUCUUCGCAGUAUUCCAAGGAAUGUUUGCUGCGGUCACGGUGGCUUUGGCCGUGGGAGCAGUGGCCGAGAGAGGGAGAUUGCUGCCUUGCGUGGUGUUCAUGUUUGUCUGGACAACUGUCAUAUACGAUCCAAUUGCUUGCUGGACAUGGAAUCCACAUGGAUGGAGCUUUCGAACUGGUGUACUGGAUUUCGCGGGGGGAACGCCGGUCCAUAUCACGUCUGGUGCGGCUGCAUUGGCAUAUUCACUCAUGCUCGGCAAGCGACGGGGACACGGAACCCACGAGCUAAAUUACCGACCUCACAAUGUUGCCAGCAUCGUCUUGGGUACCAUAUUUCUGUGGUUCGGAUGGUUUGGAUUCAACGCGGGUUCAGCACUCUCUGCUAACAUGAGAGCUGUGAUGGCCGCAGUGGUGACUAAUCUUUCUGCCUCGGCGGGUGGCGUGACAUGGUGUCUCAUCGACUACCGACUGGAAAGAAAGUUUUCAACGGUAGGCUUCUGCUCGGGUGUCGUUGCCGGACUGGUCUGUAUUACUCCGGGUUCAGGAUAUGUUCCUGCGUGGGCGGCUGUUGUGUUUGGUGUGGUCGGUGCGGCAGCUACGAACUAUGGAACGAAAUUGAAAUAUUACAUGCGUAUCGAUGACAGUCUUGAUAUAUUCAGCAUUCACUGCAUUGGAGGCUUGGUGGGCAAUCUUCUCACUGGUCUCUUCGCAGCCGACUAUAUCGCAGGUCUCGAUGGCACCACCGACAUACGUGGUGGCUGGCUCAACCACAAUUACAAGCAAAUUCUCUACCAGCUGGCGGAUUCAGCGGCAGGCUUGGCAUAUUCAUUUGUGGGUACCUGCCUUAUUCUGCUGCUCAUUAAUUUCAUUCCGGGACUAUAUCUCCGAGCCCCUGAAGAGGAUGAAAUUAUGGGCAUGGAUGAUACAGAGAUUGGGGAGUUCGCUUAUGAUUACGUCGAGCUGUUGAGAGAUGUUGUGCAUGGAGUAGAGGAUGACACCAGUUCGGCAUUACCGAUGCUGUCCAUGUCUCUUUCGCGCGAGAAGCACAUUUAUACGAGUGACGGUAGCAGACCUUACAGAGCGAUCGAGCUCGAGGGUGAACCUGUACCGCAUUCCGAAUGA